AUGAUUUUGAUUUAUAUUUUGCGUAGUGAUCGCUAUUACGGUAUUAAUGAAGCUUUACUUUCAUCAGCAUUUGGAAAUGUUAAAUAUGUUUUUAUUGCAUUACCAUUUGAUUUACUUGUUACAGCUCUAUUUUAUUUUGAUCAUAAAGUUUCAAGUUUAACAACUCAAGCUAAACAUUAUCCAUUACGAAAACAGGCAGAAUUUCAUUGGGAUUUUUUUUAUUACGAUGGACAAUAA